GCCUUUUCACAUUUUGCUCCUAAUACUAACUGAGAAUGAACUUCCUGUUGGUACUGACACUAAUUGUGAUUAUAAGUGUGCAGAGUAGACAGGAGAAUGUUAGUCUGGAUCCUUGCAACGACUUCUACGAUUAUGUGUGCUCAAAUGACACCAGAAGCAUCACUGAGCUUAACUUCACAAGUUUAUUCGAGGAUCGAGAGAUACUGAAUCCGAACAUUUCAUUUCCGAAUAACGGGACCUACAUCACAUUUGAUCAGAUUCUUAGCCCGUAUAGCUUGAUGAUGUGGUAUAUGGUGGUCAAAUCAAUGGAUACGCCCACUGUUGGUUCUGAAUUUUUUGAUGAGGCGACACGCGAAUAUGCUACAAAGAAGAACAAUUCGGAGAAAUUCAGUUUCGCGUUGGAAAACCUGGAAAACCUUAAUCUAACGUUGACAAAUGUUUUCUACAAUUCUCUCUACGCCAAUAUCGAGGUCCUCAAUCAGCUUAAUCUUCCAGCCUCCGAAGAAAACGAAUAUCUUCAUCAUAUUUUCGAUCUAAUGAAAAAUAAUACUAUCGAGGAGAUUUGGAGCAGUUCUUUAUCAAAUAAAAGUAAAAAAGAAUUUGAGAAAGAACUGAACAAGUCAAAAGUAAUUUUUGGACUAUUGGAUUAUAAUAAUGUGACAAUGCUAGAGGAAACUAAACUCAUUUACGAGACGGAAUAUUAUCGACUCAAAAGUUUAUUGUCGUCAAAUGAUCUUGACACAGAAAUUGCGGAGAAAAUCAUCCGUUUGGGAGCCACUGAUACCGCGACAAAAAACUUGGGGAAACGAAUUCCGGGCUAUACACCGCAGUUUUUGUUCUCCGCUUUUGCGUCGAAUAUGGCAAACGAGGCGUUUAAUCAAAAUUCAAAUAUUUAUUGUGGAAUUGUCACUCGAAGUGAUUUACAAGAACCCAUUUUAACGAUAGCCGACACCAUUUUUGUACUCGCCCAUGAGCUCAUGCACUUUGUCUAUCCAUUCGGAAUACGGUUACUGCCUUCUAAUGUUACAAAAGCAGCAAACAAGUGUACACAAGAUGAAGUCAAGAUGAUGGGUGACUCUGAUGCCGUGAAGCCAAUAGAUGGAUGGUUCAGUGAAAACAUCACUCACGAAGAUCUUCCAAAUUUAUUGGGAUUAAGGAUGGUUAUGAAGAUGGUCGCAAGGAAAUCGGCGAAUGAAGAGCAGCUGAAAAAUGCGCUUGAAACAAUUUUGAGCGGAUUAUGCAUCCAAGGCAAACCAAAAAACUCAAUUCUACCAAAUCAUCAUCCCUUUGAAAUAUCCAUCAACACAGCCGUUCGCCAAUAUCCAUUGUUCAGUUCACUCUAUGGAUGUCGCCUUGGUGAUCGAAUGUUUGCUGAACCGGAAAAGUUUUGCAAUCCACUGGGAGGCGACGUGAACUUGGAGGACUAUAAAAUCAAGAAUGAUACUGAAGAUGUCGGUGGAUUCUUCAAUUAUAUAAUGGAUACUGCAAAUGCGUUUAAUUUUUCUUUUACGAAUUGAUUUUUGCCACAACCAUUCAAUAUGUGCUUGAUGUUUUCCCACAGUUUCGUGGGUUUAUUUAUAACCGUUUUUAUGCUUUUCCAUCAAAUUUUAAUGAUAUUAGUUUUUAUGUUUGUUCUUCAAAAUACACUUAAUCAAAAAAAA